UAAAAGUUAUACCAUACCACUCACGUCAAGUAGAUUCAAAUCCUUCUUGUGAUAACAACAGUAGAACAGAAACGAAAACCUAAAAUCUCAUUUCUAAGUCUCAAAUCUUGAAACCCUAACUUCGGAAUUCGCAGCACUUUGUGAAAAAAAUGAGUAUACGGAAAUUGGGCUUCGAAGAAUCGCGAGGACUCUAUGCUCUCCUCAAAGCUGAGCAGCGUCCAAUCAAUGAAAUCCUCUCCGAAUUCAACUCCACCGUCCCUCACUCUCGCCAUUUCACUAUCUGUUCUUACCUCCUCAUGCUCCUCCAGGACAAUAAGAUACUCAGCACUACUGAACGAUUAAUAGCUUUUGCUCUACUAGUUGAUGCUUAUUCAUCCCAGAAUCCUGCUUCAAAUCCCUUCAUAAGCUUUAUCAUUAAUGCGUCCAGUCUUGAAGGGUCCAAAAAAGUUGAGAAGGCAUUUAUUCUGCAACUAUUAGGCAUUGAUGGCUCAAAAAAUGGCAAAGAGUUUCUUAAACAGUCUGCAUCAGAUUAUGUGACAAAAUUUGAUCAGUCAUUAAAUGAGUUGCCUCCACUAGAUCAGUUGCAGCAGCAGUUUUCUGAUAAAGUUCAUCAAGAACCAAAUCAUUGUUUAUCUAAAGAUGGUUCUGUAAAAAAUGUAGUCCCUGACCCGGAUGUUCCUCCAAAUUGUGAUACAGAUUCAUCAGAGUUUGAUUUGCGACCUGGAACAAAACCUAAACUUGGCACUGGAAAUAAAGAUGAAGCAGUAGUUGGCUUAUUGUCAAAUCUUUCACUGGAAGGACUAAAUCCUCACUGGAUCAGGCCUCUUCCACCAAGGCUCCCAAUACUUGAUGGGGAGCUAGUUUGGGUCAACCCUGAAGAAAAUCACGAGCUUAUGUGGGAUUAUGCUAUGUGCGUUGAUACUAGUAGAGGGGCUGCGAUAAGGGACUUAAUUUCAAAAGCUCUGAAAGGAGCCCUUGCUCCCACACAGCAACAGCAAGUCCUGGUGCAGCUGGUAAAGGAUUCAAAGCUCGUAUAUCACUGUGGACUGACUCCAAAAAAGUUACCGGAACUGGUGGAAAACAAUCCCCUCAUUGCAGUUGAAAUUCUCACUAAGUUGAUAAAUUCUCCCGACAUAUCAGAAUACUUUACAGUGCUUGUCAACAUGGAAAUGAGUCUCCACUCAAUGGAAGUUGUGAACAGGCUUACAACAGCGGUUGAACUGCCAUCAGAAUUCAUUCACAUGUACAUUACUAAUUGUAUAUCAUCCUGUGUGAACAUCAAGGAUAAAUACAUGCAGAACAGGCUUGUAAGACUUGUUUGUGUUUUUCUGCAAAGCCUGAUUCGGAACAACAUUAUUAAUGUUAAAGAUCUCUUCAUUGAAGUUCAAGCGUUUUGCAUUGAGUUUUCGCGGAUUAGAGAGGCGGCUGCGUUAUUUAGACUUCUCAAAUCAUUGGAAUGAUUACUGCUUUAGGCGGUUAUUUUGUACUCCUUUCAUGUCCUACCCUUGAAAGACUUCACUGUAGAUAUAUGUUCUACCAGAUCUGGGUAGUGAAAUUUGGUUACUUUCACAUUAUGGAAAAUAAAAAUCAGCUUUAGCGUUAUUUGCAUUUAUCAAGGUUAAUGAAUUAGACCUUAUAGUUUACUAAAAAAAUUAAUUAAGUUCCUAUAGUUUAAAAUGAUAUUAAAAGAUCCUUGUAGCUUGUAUCUUUUAGUUGGUUAAUUGUGUUAAUACUCUGUUAUGUUUCA